AUGCAUCAUGGACCGCGCCGGGUGUUCAUGGAGCAUGACGUGGCGUACAUGAUCGGCUUCCGGACGGGUGCGCUCUCAUCACCGGGGUCGUUGCUCUCCUUCCGUGGGCUCAGCGCGGCAGCUGCUGCCUCGUUCGCGCCGCCCUUGAGGCUCAACAACCUUGCUCCAAACGAUGGGGCCAGGAGAGAUCGCAAGCGCGUUGGCAGGGGCAACGGCUCGGGCACUGGGAAGACGUGCGGCAAGGGGCACAAGGGCUCCAAGGCGCGCAAGGGGACUAAGAGGAUAGGGUUCGAGGGAGGCCAGACUCCUUUCCACCGAAGGAUUCCCAAGCGUGGGUUCAAGAAUGGGGCCGAUGAGUCGUUCGAGACCGUGUCGGUGGACCGCAUUUACAUGUACAUCGCGAUGGGGCGCCUUCGACCGAACGACGCCUGCCUGAUUUCGAUGAAGGACCUCCAGGACGCCGGCAUCGUUCAAGACAUCAAGUUUGGGGUGAGACUUGUCGCCGGGGCCAAGAAGAACUCGGUGCUUGGCCACAACAGCCCUCACCGCCUAACCGGAGCGACAGGAGAUGCGACCGGGGCUGAGAACGAGGUGGCCAGGGCAGCAUCGGAGGCAACAAAGGGGGCGAAGUCACUUCCGCCCGUCCACCUGGAGGUUAGCCGCGCCUCCGCGGGCGCGAUAGAGGCGGUCGAGGCGCAAGGGGGCACCGUGACUUGCGCCCAUUUCAACCGCUUGGCUCUCCGGGCGCUGCUCAAGCCCGAGAAGUUCGAGGAGCUCCCGAGGAGGGCACGCCCGCCGCCGCGCCUGAUGCCGUUCUUCCUCGACCACGGCCGACGGGGAUACCUCGCUCCCGACGUGCAAAUGCGCAACCUCAAGCUCUUUGGCGCCCCCACCACGGAACCGAGGCCUUCCAUGCCGGAGAUAGAAGAAUAGGACCAUAGCGACCGGCAGUUUACGUGUGGCAAAGGGAGAUGGGAACGGAAACAACAGCGGAAGGAAGCAACGGCAUCUGGGGCAUGAACGGAAAAGGCGGUGUCGGCUGUACCCCAUGUUUUUUUUUUCUUCUG